CGAAAAAAAAACCCCUCCACCUAAGCCCGACAAGGUCGACAAAGGUGAAAUGUCCUCCCCAAUCCAACCAAAAACAUCUCCCCCCAUUUUCUCAGACAAGGUCAAACUGAACCUCCCUGAACCCAUGGCCUCAUAGGCCCCCCUCCUCCCUUCCAUAAUAGCCAGAAAUGGAGAGAGAGAGAGAGAGAGAAGCGAGGAUGAAGAGACCGUUUGACGCGGUUCUAACUUCUAAGUUAAUUCGGAAGCCAGAAAAAAGCAGACCUUCUCAUUGAUUAACCUCCACAAACAUUCAAUAUCUCAAUAAUUUAAUCCCUUUAAUCUAAAAAUAACCACUUACACACCCAUGUUCGCUUCUCCCUCCAAAUGUUAGGCUUAUUAGCACUUAUCGGAGCUGAAACCAGUAGAAAAUUCAGAAAAAAUAAAGAAAAGAAAAUACCCAGAAAAAUUUGGGGAGGAAAACAAAAACCCAGACAUGGGAUUGUCCCUUGGUUCGAAAAGAAAAGGCCAGUACUUGGUUGCAUUGCGCCUUUUGCUUUCCCGUUAAUCAAAAACAAAACAAAUCUUACUUAACACAGAGAAAGAAUACACAAACGAACGCCCAAGGAAAGCAAAGAAGGAAAGAAAGAAACGUUCUGUGGAUUCGGGGAUUGAUAUGUUCAAUCUCUGUUUCUGGGUUCUGAAACGAAUUUCUUUAUUUGGGUUUGUAAUGGGUGAGGGUAUUCGGUAAAUGUGAGGUGGUGGAAGAAGUGAAGUGAGGAUGAGCAGAGAGUAUAGUGGCGCAAAAGCCUGGGAAGCGACUGUCCGUAAGACACAGGCUGCUGCGAAGAAGCGUGUGAGCGGCAUUUUCUCGACAAUGUCGGUUGCCCAUGUCGACGACGAGGAAGGUGGCGGCAGUGCCUCGGAAAUGUACUAUGCGGAGCGCAUGCUCUCUAAUGGCGACUUCUACACGGGGCAGUGGGUCGAAAACCUUCCUACCGGCACCGGGAAGUAUCUGUGGACCGACGGUUGCAUGUACGUCGGCGAGUGGUUUCGCGGGAAGACCAUGGGGAAGGGGAAAUUCUUCUGGCCUUCUGGGGCUACCUAUGACGGAGAAUUCAAAAAUGGGUACAUGGACGGGAAGGGAGUUUACACUGGUCCUUACGGGGAUACCUAUCGUGGGUCAUGGGUUAUGAAUCUCAAGCAUGGCCAAGGUACUAAGCACUACAUUAAUGGCGACUGUUAUGAAGGGGAGUGGCGUCGUGGUGCGCAAGAUGGACAUGGCCGGUAUCAAUGGAAGAAUGGGAAUAGCUACAUUGGGCAAUGGAAGAAUGGUGUUAUCUGCGGCAAUGGGACUCUGAUGUGGGCAAAUGGAAAUCGAUACGACGGGAUGUGGGAAGAUGGGAUGCCCAAAGGGAAUGGUACUUUCAGGUGGGCCGAUGGGAGCUUCUAUGUGGGUACUUGGAGUAUGGACCCCAAGGAACAGAAUGGGACUUAUUAUCCGUCCGGCACUUCGCCGGCGGCGAAUCUUGAUUGGGAUCCUCAGGUUGUGUUUUCAUCUGAUUUGAAUGAUUGCAAGGUUUGUCCUGGUGAGAAAGUCUCUGUUUUCCCGUCGCAGAAGACCCUUACUUGGCCUGGAUUUGAAGGAGAUGCGCAGAAGGGUGGGUGGAAGCCGUCGAAGCAUUCGGAUCCUGGUAAGCCGAGGAGAUCAUCUGUGGAUGGGAAGGGGGGUGCAGAUAAGUUUGAUAGAUUUUGCAUUUGGGAGAAUGAUGGGGAUGUUAAUUGUGACAUUAUUGAUGGAAAUACAUUGUUGGGGAGAGAUGGAGACGAUGGGAGUCUGCAGCUUGAAGAUACUGAUUCUAAGGGAACCCGGCAGCAGUUGAAACUGAAUCAGCCAAGGGAGGCGAAGCGGCAGGGGGAGACAAUCUCUAAAGGCCAUAAGAACUACGAACUCAUGCUCAAUCUGCAGCUAGGAAUCAGGCAUUCUGUAGGAAGACCUGCUCCAAAUGCAUCCCUUGAUCUGAAGGCUUCAGCUUUUGAUCCAAAGGAAAAGGUAUGGACAAAAUUCCCUCCUGAAGGAAGCAAGCAUACUCCACCACAUCAAUCCUCUGAAUUCAAAUGGAAGGAUUACUGCCCAGUGGUUUUCAGGACACUCCGGAAAUUGUUCAAGGUGGAUCCUGCUGAUUACAUGAUCUCCAUAUGUGGAAAUGAUGCACUCCGGGAACUUUCUUCUCCAGGGAAAAGUGGAAGCUUCUUUUACCUGACCAAUGAUGACCGUUACAUGAUAAAGACAAUGAAGAAAUCAGAAGUAAAAGUGCUUAUAAGGAUGCUUCCAGCCUACUAUAACCAUGUCCGUGCCUUUGAGAACACGUUAGUUACCAAAUUUUUUGGUCUGCAUUGUGUCAAGUUAACUGGGGCUGCACAAAAAAAGGUUCGCUUUGUUAUAAUGGGAAAUCUGUUUUGUACUGAGUACCCAAUUCAUAGGCGCUUUGAUUUGAAAGGAUCUUCCCAUGGCCGCACAACAGAUAAACCAGAGGAAGAGAUUGAUGAAAAUACAACCCUUAAGGACCUUGACCUUAACUUUAUAUUUCGACUGCAGAGAACAUGGUUUCAAGAGCUUCACAGGCAAGUGGAUAGAGACUGUGAGUUCCUUGAACAGGAGAGGAUUAUGGACUACAGUCUUUUGGUGGGCCUUCACUUUAGAGAAGCAUCAUAUAACAAGGACUUGGCUACAAAUGAGGGUAAUGGCGACCAAGAGAAUGAAGCAGCUCAACUUUCUAGGGUGGAGAUGGAUCAACUUCUUUUUGAUCCUACACGGUGGGCAACCAUCAGAUUGGGUAUAAAUAUGCCAGCACGGGUUGAACAGACAGUGAGAAGAAGCGAUUGUGAUACUCAACUGGUUGGAGAGCCCACAGGAGAGUUCCAUGAUGUGAUCCUGUUCUUUGGUAUCAUUGACAUACUCCAAGAUUAUGAUAUCAGCAAGAAGCUAGAACAUGCAUACAAGUCCAUCCAAUAUGAUCCAACGUCAAUAUCAGCUGUUGAUCCGAAGCAAUACUCAAGACGCUUCCGUGAUUUUAUAUUCAAAGUUUUCACAGAAGACACUUGAAUCCCAGCUUAAAGCCACUGCAACCGUUGCAUAUGGAUUUAACAGCAUUUGUUGACUUGUGUUGCCAGCUGAUAUUGGAUAAUUGUUGCAAUUGUUGCUGGCAGCCAUCCAUGUAUAGUGUCAGUCUUAGUUGAAAUACGUUCUACUUGCUGCCAAACAGGUAACCAAUGUGGCCAUAGACAUGGCCUUUGGAGGAUCAGUUGUGGCUGCCAGAAUUGCAUGUUUGAUAUGCAUUGCUCUUCUUUCCCUCUAUAUAUUAAUUAUAGAUUAUAUAAUAUGGUUGUCAAAGGUAUAGAUGAAAGCUUUUGACCUGGAAAUAUGCAAAGCUCAUUCAAAUUGUAAAUGAAUUUACCUGAGGGUAAACUGUACCAGAAAUUAUUCUUUAUGUACCCAAUUUUUUUUGUCUCAGAAGAUGAAGAGGAAUCUCUGGGAUUUUGGGAUUUGAAUAAAAGUGUACAGAGAGGUAAGGGAACUGAACCAAAUUUUGUCA